AACUUUACCUAUGUUAUUAUAAUUUAUACAAUAUAGCUCAACCAGAAUAUUAUUCUAGUCCCUUUCACUAUAAUGAUACAUAGGAAACUAAGGGCCUGCUGUUGAUAAAAGUAAUUAAUACGCUUCACACACUGAGUUUAACAAUUUAAUUUUGCAAGUUGAGCUAAAUAAAAAGAAUGUGUACAGUUCAAGGAUAAAGCACUAUAUAUGUAGAUAGCUCCUAAUCUCAAGAGUUAAUCAAAUUCAUUUUCCGAUUACAAUAUUAUUAAGUACUGUUGCUAUAACUUUAGCUCAUUUGCAGCCAUGGGAUUCUUGAAAAUCCUUCUUAUUUUCAUCUUUUGUUCUUUCCCAUGGCCUAGUAUUCAGAGUGAUCUCGAGACUUAUAUAGUCCAUGUUGAAUCCCCUGAAAGCCUAAUUUCUACUCAAUCAUCGUUAAUGGUUUUAGAGAGCUAUUACCUUUCUUUUUUGCCUAAAAGUACUACAGGAAUUAGCUCGAGUGGAAACGAAGAACCGGCUAGCUUGAUCUAUUCCUAUCACAAUGUGAUGAAAGGCUUUGCAGCAAGAUUAACUACAUUACAACUGAAGGAAAUGAAGAAGAAACCAGGUUUUGUCUCUGCGCAGCCACAGGAGAUUUUGUCCUUGCAAACUACUCAUACUCCAAGCUUUCUUGGUUUGCAACAAAAUAUGGGCUUGUGGAAAGAUUCCAACUAUGGGAAAGGCGUGAUCAUCGGAAUUAUAGACAGUGGAAUUCUUCCUGACCAUCCUUCAUUUAGCGAUGUUGGGAUGCCUUCUUCACCUGCUAAAUGGAAGGGAGUUUGCGAGUCCAAUUUCACAAACAAGUGUAAUAACAAGCUCAUAGGAGCCAGGUCUUACCAACUAGCCAAUGGUUCACCGAUAGAUGAUGAUGGACAUGGUACACAUACAGCAAGCACAGCUGCAGGAGCCUUUGUGAAUGGUGCCAAUGUAUAUGGAAAUGCUAAUGGCACUGCUGCUGGUGUUGCCCCUUUUGCCCACAUAGCCAUUUAUAGGGUAUGCAAUUCUGAUGGUUGUGCUGACACUGAUAUUUUAGCCGCCAUGGAUGCAGCUAUAGAUGAUGGUGUGGAUAUUCUUUCUGUGUCUCUUGGUGGAAGUCGUACGAAUCCUUUCCAUAGUAAUUCUAUUGCUCUUGGCGCAUAUAGUGCAACAGAAAGAGGUAUUCUUGUAAGUUGCUCUGCCGGCAAUAAUGGUCCUUUCAGUGGCUCAGUAGGAAAUGCAGCCCCGUGGAUUCUUACAGUAGGCGCUAGCACUCACGAUAGAAAGAUAAAAGCAACUGUGAAGCUUGGAAAUGGAGAAGCAUUUGAAGGAGAAUCUGCUUAUAAGCCAAAGAUUUCUAAUUCAACAUUCUUCACUCUAUUUGAUGCUGGAAAAAAUGCAGGUGAUGAAUUUGAAACCCCUUAUUGCGGACCAGGGUCACUUACUGACCCUGCUAUAAAAGGAAAGAUAGUCAUAUGUUUGGGAGGUGGUGGCAUUGCCCAUGUCGAUAAAGGACAAGCGGUGAAGGAUGUCGGAGGUGUUGGCAUGAUUGUCAUCAAUCAGCCAAGUCACGGUAUCAUCAAAGCAGCUGAUCCUCAUGUUCUUCCAGCAAUGGAUGUUUCAUAUGCAGAUGGAUCAAAAAUUCUUGCCUAUAUGAACUCAACAUUGAACCCUGUUGCUACAAUCACAUUCCAAGGAACGAUAAUCGGAGAUAAAAAUGCUCCCAUAGUUGCUUCAUUUUCUUCUCGCGGACCAAGUGAAGCUAGUCCUGGCAUUUUGAAACCAGACAUUAUUGGUCCUGGUGUUAAUAUCCUUGCUGCUUGGCCUACCUCCGUGGAUGACAACAAAAACACAAAAUCCACCUUCAAUAUUAUAUCGGGCACGUCAAUGUCUUGCCCUCACCUUAGUGGCGUAGCAGCUUUGCUGAAGAGCGCACAUCCUGAUUGGUCUCCUGCUGCUAUUAAGUCUGCAAUGAUGACAACCACUGACAUAUUAAACCUUGCCAAUAGUCCAAUACUAGACGAAAGGCUCGUUCAUGCUGAUAUCUUUGCAAUUGGUGCAGGACAUGUUAAUCCAUCGCGAGCACAUGAUCCAGGACUAAUUUACGAUACACCAUUCGAGGACUAUCUACCUUAUUUAUGUGGUUUGAAAUACACAAAUCGACAGGUAGGGAAUCUGUUACAACGCAAGGUGAAUUGCUCGGAGGUGAAAAGUAUCCCUCAAGCACAAUUGAACUAUCCUUCAUUUUCCAUAUUCGGACUUGGAUCAACUCCUCAGACAUAUACCAGAACUGUGACCAACGUUGGUGACCCUACAUCAUCUUACAAGGUGGAGAUAGUUUCACCAAAAGGAGUUGCCUUGAAAGUUGAACCCUCCGAGCUAAAUUUCUCCCAGUUGAACCAGAAGUUAACAUACCAAGUGACAUUCUCCAAGACAACUAACAGCUCAAACACUGAGGCUGUUGAGGGAUUCUUGAAAUGGACUUCUAAUAAGCACUCUGUAAGAAGUCCAAUUUCAGUUGUCUUAGUCUAGUGAAACUACAAGAUUGGCCAUUCUAGUUUUCUCUUCUUCUUUUUUCCAAUCUAAAAUGUGGAAUAAGUGCAUAAAGUACGAGUUAAUUUUAUAUUAUUCUACUACUAGUUAAUUUGAAUCCAGAGUAGAUGUGACUUUGUGAGGUAAUAAUUAUUCAGGAGAAAUCAAGUAACCCGCUUGUUUGUCAAAA